AGAAAUUCACUGGUAUAAUAACAACAACAACAACAACAACAAUGAAACUGAAAGUUAUUAACGUUAUUUAUUUUAUACCUUUAUAUUAAAAUGAUUCUCAAUGAAUUUACAUUGUUUCAAACCAUUUAUCUGGUCCGAGCCUUUAUAUAUAUAUUCAGCUAAUUAAAACGAGAUAAAUAUACAAGCAGCUGAAUUAGAAACAUAUUGCCUUGCACAAAAAUUUCUCAAAAAAACGAAAACAAUGAGGAAAUUUUAUUUUAUUGUUUUAAAGAUUUGUCCAUUAAUUGCAUUUAUUUAUAGUAUUAUUUCAAAUUUUGUCACAAUGUACAUUAGCGAUGGGAUCUCGUUUAUUUAUCUCUUUAUUUGCAUUCAAUUGCAAUUAAAUUGGUACACAGCUUGGAAAAUUGGAAAAAAUGUCUCAACAUUAAAAGCAGAAAAUCUAAAUCAAAGUACAAUAUUAAAUAUAGAUUAUCGUAGAGCAAAUUCCUUUAUAUCGAGCGAAAGAGAGAGGAAAUUUUGGUAUUGUGAAAAAUGUCGAAAUUACACACGUAAAAUGGCUAUUCAUUGUCCUUUGUGCGAGAAAUGUUAUCAUUUUCGUGAUCAUCAUUGUUUCUUUAUGGGCACUUGUGUUUUACGUCAAAAUAUGGGAAAUUUUAUUCUCUUAUGUUUCUAUUCAUCGCUUUCCUGCCUCUAUUCGAUAUUUAUACUCGGCCCCUAUUUAUACGCACAUUUGAAUCAUUUUAUUAGGCCAGAAUCGAGUAAUUUCAAUGUUUUGUUAAGUUUUUGUUUUCCUAUUGCACUGGCUCGAUUUUUAUUUUCCGAUGAGGAAUCAUGUUUACUUUUGGUUACACUCUUCGAUGCAUUAGUCGCAACAUUUUGCAUUGGAAUUUCCUAUGGCAGUUGGAAAUUAUAUGCAUGUCUCAUGGGGAAACAAAUCUAUAGUUUCAAUAUUCAGAAAAAGGAGAGUUUUACAGAAAUUUUCGGACAUUAUGGUCUUGUAAAUAUUUUAUUUCCUUUCGAUAGUUUAGUAAAUUUUAAAUAUCAAAAUAAUUGUUAUCUCAAGGAAGUGUAAAUUUGAGCUGAAAAUUAGUUUAAAAAAAUGCAAAAAAUAAAAUGAUUCUUUUGAAAAUAAUUUGUAAAUAAGGUAUUAAAAAUCCACGCAGAAAUUCUCUAUGAGGAAUUUGUCAAAGUUUAAUAAAUAUUGAAAUUAGAAUAUUUA